AUGGCACCUAAAUUUGACGUGGGUGCAGAGAUUGACCGAAUGACAGCGAAGAGCGAAAUGUAUUUUUCAAUAAUGCAAGAAACUUAUGACCUUUCUCAACAAAUUACCACCAAUACGGCAAGUGCGUUAGAAGGUUCCGUACUAAAAAUUUUUAAUGCCAUACUACCAACUGCAAAUAAUUAUCCGAUAUUAUGGGAAGCACUAUUAAAAAAAUACCAGAAUAAACGAUAUUUAGCCACCACUUACUUUAAACAACUCUUAUCGUUUAAAACUAUUACAUCAUCACAAAUAGACUUAUUUCUGGAACAAUUCGAUACAGCUGUACAAGCCCUUUCACAAUUGAACCUUCAAGAUGCAUUUGACUUUAUGAUAACGUCUAUGGCAUUCUCAAAACUCGAUCCCAUUUUGCAGGAGAAAUUUGAACAUUCUUAUCAAGGAGAAUUUCCUAAAUACCAAGAUCUUCUCAAAUUUCUUCAUAAGUCGCAACAAGCGAAAAAUCAAGUUUAUGGUAUGACAAGUAUAACUAACAAUUACACAUAUGAUAAGCAAAAGGAUAAAAAUUCCAAAAUUAGUCGAUCAUUUCUUUUAAAAAGUAAAUACGAAAAGAAGUGCUUUGUGUGCCGGGAACAACACGCCAUAUUUGCAUGUUCAAAAUUACUAGAAAUGAACAUUCCUGAACGACAAGAAUGUAUAAAAAAUUUAAACCUAUGUGUGAAUUGUUUAAGCCAUAAGACGACAGUUGCGUGUCGAUCGAAGAAAACUUGUAUUAUAUGUAAGGCACCGCAUCAUACAUUGUUGCAUACUGAUAAGAAUCUUGCAAAUACGAAUCAAGAUAAUCCGUCGAAUUCGAAAUCUAAUAACACAGUUUUAUGCGUUUUCAACAACAACCAGCUGGCACAUAAUGUAACCAUAUUGCCUACUGCAGUAACGAAAGUUUUCACCGAAAAUGAAAAUAUUUUAUUACGUACGAUAAUUGAUUCAGCAAGUGAUAAAAAUUUCGUUACAUUAGCUUGGUGUAGAAAGGCCCAUUUGAACGUUCAACCAGUUUCAGCCAAAGUAAUUGGAUUAGGAAGUUCGUCACAAAACGUAAUAGGAUUGGUUAACUUCACUUUAAAAUCCACAAUCAAUUCAUAUCAAUUGCCAGUAUGUGCAUACGUUGUGCAAGAAAUUGUAAGAAAACAACCACAAACCACGAUUCCAGUAUCAUCAAUCCAAUCAUUCUUAAAGUACCCACUAGCGGAUCCAAAGUUUUAUGUGCCUCAAACGGUCGACGGCAUAUUAGGAUGUGAUGUUUUCAGCGAAGUUAUGGGUACUAAUAAGGUGAAAAAUGGUCAAGGUUCACCUAUAGCACUAGAAACCCGAUUGGGUUAUAUAAUAAUGGGUUCGAUAUCAGAUUCACUUCAACUUUCAAGUUUUUCCAUGCAAUAUGAUUGA